CUCCAAGCAAGCAAUACAAGCACACAGCACACAGCACACAGCACACAGCAAUUAGGCAGGCAGAGAUGGUGAGCACGAACGCCGUGAGCGGGGUGUUGAUGGUCGGCACCUUGGCUGCUUUCCUUGCAGCAUCCACCACCCUCCGUGACACACCCUUCUCCGGCACAGCUUCAACACAGCACCAGCAACCGUUCAAACCAGGCGAAUGGGGGUAUGCCGACGCUGACUGGUUGCGCCAGCACUACAACAUCACCAUGCUCAGUGAAGACCCGCCCGUGAUCCAGUUCAACAACUUCAUCUCCCAAGAACGCAUCGACGCCAUCCUGCACUUUGCAAAGCCCAAGUUUGCGCGGUCCACAAGCGGGAUCGAGCGUGAGGUCUCAAAUUACCGCACCUCGUCCACGGCGUGGAUGCUGCCGGAUGUCCUCGGCAACGACCCCAUGCAGGCGCACCUGAAGGACAUGGAGGAAGAGAUUGCCAGGAUUGUCCGCUUGCCCGUGGAGAACCAGGAGCACUUCCAAGUGCUGCAGUACCAGAAGAACCAGUACUACAAGGUGCACUCGGACUACAUUGAGGAGCAGCGGCAGCAGCCCUGCGGUAUUCGCGUGGCCACGUUCUUCCUCUAUCUCAACGACGUCGAGGAAGGCGGUGGCACACGCUUCCCCAACCUCAACCUCACCGUCCAGCCCGCCAAAGGCAACGCCGUGCUGUGGUACUCGGCAUACCCAAACACAACGCGCAUGGACUCGCGCACCGACCACGAAGCCAUGCCCGUGGCGAAAGGCAUGAAGUAUGGCGCAAACAAGUGGAUCCAUAUCCACGACUUUGUUACUCCCUGGGCCAACGGCAAGACCGUCUAACCUCCCGACAUACACGUGCAAACGCGUGUGACACAAGUACAUGCAACCUGCCGUGAAUUAGCUAUCAUCGUCCAUCUUUACUCCACCCUCCGCCUCGUCCUCGUUGAAAUUGCUCUUGAUCUCGCAUCCAUCGUCAUCACAGCGGUCGAUGGAUUAGCUGCACACCCCAUCAUCAUUACGUCCACAUACAUGCUGUGUUGUUUAGCUAUGCCAAUGAAUGAACACAAAACAAGUACAACGACAACCCUGUGCACCUCCA